AUGUUAAAACUACUAAUACUACUUAGCCUAUGUGCAACAUUAUCAGUGGCACAAUGGGUUGAGCCGGUACCCACAUUUUGGCCACCACCCCCACCUCCACUAUGGUAUCAGCCUUGGGGCGGACGUAAGUUGAAAAUUUGUUUUGUAAAGAAAGUUCGUUCCAUUUUUGUUUUGUAAAGAAAGUCCUUGCCAUUUUUUGUUCUGUAAAGAAAGUUCUUGCCAUUUUUUGUUCUGUAAAGAAAGUUCUUGCCAUUUUCUGUUUUGUAAAGAAAGUUCUUGCCAUUUAACCCAUUGUAAACAAAGUUAUUGCGUUUUUUUUCAGCCUGGAACGGUGGUUUUGGCCAGAUGGGCAGAGGCAACUUUGGCGGAGGCAACGGCGGAGGAAAUGGCGGUGGCCGCGGAGGAGGUGGCGGCGGAGGAAACCGUGGAGGAGGUGGCGGCGGUGGAGGAGGACGUGUCGGAGGUGGUGGGGGCCAUCAAGGUGGUGGCGGAGGUCACGGAGGCGGCGGAGGUCACGGAGGCGGCGGAGGAGGUCACGGAGGCGGCGGAGGUGGCGGCAAAGGACGUGGUUAA